AUGGAUAAAGAUAAAUAUCAGCUUAUUAGAGAAUGUAGAUUUUGUUUUGGUGCCGAAGACUCAUACGCUCCACUAAUUACGCCUUGUGAAUGUAGAGGUACUCAAGCAUAUAUUCACCUUUAUUGCCUCUGUAAAUGGCAAAAAUCUCAGAUAGAUCGACCUUGGUCUAGAAAGUUCUGUAAUAUAUGUAGAUGCCCAUAUAAAUUACCUCCUUCAUAUACAGUCCUACUUAUGUAUUCUAAAUCCUUUCUCAAAACAGUCUUUGCAUCCAUAACAUCAGUAUGUGCUGGUAUUUUAUUGGUUUUUCUAGUUGCAUUAAUAUCUAGAAUUAUAUAUGGAUUUGUAAUGGUAACUAAUUACUGGAUAUACUUCUUUAUAACUAUUUUGGCAUUACUAUAUGCUAUUAUAAUAACUUUAGAGUUUAAAAAUAGAAAUAGCACUCAAAGAUAA